GUUCAGCAACCACUUCCCUCGCAGUAGCCCCUUGAGCUGCUUGGACACUAUGAGUGUCGCCAGAUCCUCCGAAUGUGUAUUCUGUCUUUUCUCCCGAUCCUCCCGUCCUGCUUCGGCUGCUCGCCGCCAAUUCCACUCCUCCCCGAUCCAUCAGAAGCGAAAGCCGCGCUUCCCGAGCGUCAAAGCUGUUUUUAAUGAAAUAGACAUCGACAAAGCCGGCAAAGAGUUCCUCGAAGCGGCCGAUGGCGCUGCUUCGCAGAAGUACUCCCCUGAACAACGUGCCGCGAUUCAAGCCGCCCAAAAAAUCAUCGAUCCAGAAAAACUGCAACAACAGACAGGCAAUCGGACGGAUCCCUGGAGGGUCAGAUACUACGAUGAUCUGGCAAAAAUAAAUCCUGUCGUCGACAAGCCGGUGAAACAACCUUGGACGAACCUCGAUGAGAACUCGCGACUGAAAACCGACGAAGAAUUUGAAGAUGACUUGGUCAAGCUUAUGCACGAGAUACCCAGUCCGCGGCACCCUAAUGACUUUGAUCCAAAACUUUGGGACAAAUUUGAUGAGAAUCUCAGAUUGACCGUUGGAAAAGAAGAAGCAGAAAGACGGCCCCGGACGGCGCUGGCGCCAGACUUGCCCGACAUCUCCCCCAAGGUUGUGAAGAAAAAGGUGACUAAUAAGGAUGGUGAGGUGGUCCAGGAGGAGCCGCCGUCCGCUGCACUUGUCAUGUUGAUGCAGAUGACUGGAUAUACGAAAGAGGACAUCGCUAAGCUGAGGGUCAGGACGGUCAUCGUUCAUUCAGUUGCGAAUCAGACCAGACUAGGAAAGAUCCGUAAAUUCUACGUUUUGUCCGUGGCCGGUAACGGGAAUGGUAUGGUCGGUAUUGGCGAAGGGAAGGGAGUGGAAAUCCAGGAUGCCUACAUUCAGAGCCAAUAUCGGGCCAUCCGAAGCAUGAAACCCAUAAUGCGGUAUGAAGAUCGGACGACAUUCGGAGAUCUCAGUGCCAAAUUCAGCGCGACCGAGUUGGAACUUUAUGCAAGGCCACCAGGAUUCGGGCUCCGCUGCCAAAAGUAUAUCUGGGAAGUUUGCAAAGCCGCAGGAAUUCACGAUCUCGCGGCCAGAGUUACACGGUCGAGAAACCCCAUGAACACGGUCAAAGCAACUGUUCAGGCUCUAAUGGGACAGAAACAUCCGGAAGAUAUCGCAAGAGCCCGUGGAAAGAAGUUGGUCGAUGUGCGAAAAGUCUACUACGCCGGACAGACAUAGAUUGUGUUCAUCAUGCUUGUGAGGGCAAGUGAGCUGUACUUCAAGGCAGACCUGUAUCAUACAUUAUUGUUACAAAUCCCGCCUGCAGAUUCGUAGCAAGGUGCUGGGAACUCUGGCAAUCCAGCCCAGGAUGUUGUUCUAUUUGUGCACCCC